AUGCCAUUCAGUAAAAAUAGGAUUCAAGAUUCCCAAAUCCUAGGGUUUGCUUCAUUUCUCACGCUGCUCAAGCUCACUCACGCCGCUCACGCCGCUGCUCACGCCGCUCACGCUACUGCUCACGCUGCUGCUCACGGCAUUCCUAAGUUGGUCGACACUGUCGAAGGGGAGGAGACGGGUAUGGCUACACGAGAGUUCGUAUUUGAGGUGCAUUAUGGAGGUCAUAUAGAUAGGAGGUUCAUGAAUUCAUAUGUUGGGGGAGAUGUUGAUGUGUACAAGACGGAUGUCAUUCCACAUGAUAGGGUGUCAUUUUCAGUUGUAGAGGAUAUUGCUAAAAGAUAUGGGUACAAAUCCGGGGACUUGAUUUAUUACUUACUGCCAGGGUGUACUCUUCGAAAUGGGUUGAAAUUAAUCACAUCGAACUUUGAUGUAAAUGAAAUGGUUCAAGCCCACUUGGGUCUACCAAUUGUUGAGUUGUACAUCAACUCAUUUAAUGGGUCCAUACCUGACAUUGAUGAGGGUAAUGAUGAAGAUGAUAAUGAUAAUGACGAUGAUGAUGAUGAGAGGGGGUAUUCUAGGAUCGAGCGUGACGAUCCAUAUUGGGAAGAGGGGGGCGAAGAGAGCGAUGAAAGUGAUGAGGGUGACGAGGAAGGUGAUGAAGACGAAGGUAGGGGAGUCGACCAUACUAACAGUGGAUUUGAUUAUGAUGAAGAUGCAAACUCAGACAUGCCACGCAGUAACAUUCUUACAUCUCCCAGAAGUGAUGAUGAGUAUGGGGUGACCUCCCAGAGUCAGAGGAGACAUGUGACAGAGCCUUCUGAGUUUCAAAUGGCUGACAUGGGUGGUAACACAGAGUUUGUGGUGGGUCAAAAAUUUUCGUCAAUCCAGGUUUUCAGAAAUGCAGUUAGAGAGACUAAUGUAAACAUGGGGAAGGAUGUAAAGUUUAGGAGGAAUUACCUUGCGAAAUGUAUAGUGGUAUGCAGUGAUACGCGUUGCAAAUAUAGGAUUUAUGGGCGCAAGUGCAAGGAUGAGGAAUCCUUUGAAGUUCGAUCAGUUCAGUCCGUACACAAAUGUAGGAGGAAACACAGUAAUUCUAUUUUGAAAUCAUCUUGGAUUGCAGAUAAGUUGAUUGAGAAGUUCAGAGCACAACCCAACAUGCCUGUAAAGGCAAUGGUAGAGACAGUGAAAGAAAGAUGGGGUGUAGAUGUGAAGGAGCAUAGGUUGUAUCGGGCUCGAAGACUUGCAAAAGACAAGAUACGUGGCAGUGUGAACGACCAGUACAAGAAGUUGUGGGACUUUUGUGAGACAAUCAGGAGAACAAAUAUUUGCAGUUGCGUAAUGAUGAAAAUAGAGAGGCCAUUACCCGAUAAGCCCGCAAAAUUUCAAAGGUUGUACUUCUCCUUAGCCGCCAUGAAAAGCGGUUUUCUUGCUGGUUGUAGGCCCAUCAUUGGGUUGGAUGGGUGCUUCUUGAAAGGUCCGCAUAAGGGCCAACUUUUGGCUGCCAUUUCGAGGGAUGCAAAUAAUCAGAUGUAUCCAGUGGCUUGUGCAGUGGUAGAAGCAGAAGUCAAAGACAGUUGGACUUGGUUUUUAGAGACUUUGCUAUCGGAUCUUGGCGCCCCCCCCGCAGAGGGAUGGACAUUUAUUUCUGAUCUUCAGAAGGGUCUGGUCCCAAGUUUGGAAGUGGUGGCUCCCGGUGCUGAGCAUCGAAUUUGUUGUAGACAUUUGUAUGCAAACUACAGAGAUGUAGGUCACAGAGGUUUGGCAUUGAAGGAGAAGCUCUGGAGCGCGGCUGCCGCUUACACAGAGGCUGAGUGGUCUAUACAAAUGGACGAACUAAAGCGGAUAAGUCCGGAUGCGUAUGAUUACCUGUCCAAGAUUGACCCAAGUACGUGGACAAGGGCUUGGUUCAGUACCUUCCCUAAGUGCGAUUUAGUUGUGAACAACCUCUCAGAACGUUUCAAUGCUUGGAUUGUGAAACAACGUGAUCUACCAAUAAUAUCGUUGAUGGAAAUGUUGAGAAUAAAAUUGAUGAAGAGAUACCAAAAAAAGCGAGAAGGCAUCACAAAAAUGGAUGGCAGGAUUUGUCCAAAAAUUUUGGAACGGUUAGAUGAACUCUCACAAGAUGCUUCUCAUUGCAAUUGCGUGUAUGCUGGGGAUGGGUUUUUUGAAGUGACAGACAAACAGAAACAACAUGUGGUUAACUUGGUUAGAAGAACAUGUGGGUGUAGACAAUGGGACAUGACGGGAAUCCCAUGUGCACACGCAAUAUGUGCAAUAUGGAAAGAUAGUGCAGACCCUGUUGAUUAUGUUUCUGAUUGGUAUACUGUGGAUAUGCUGAAAAAGGCAUAUGAACAUGUCGUGUAUCCCAUGCCUAGUGAAGAACAGUGGACUAAGACAAAUGGCGUGCAUGUAGACCCACCAGUGGUUAGGAUACAACCUGGAAGGCCGAGAGUAGUGAGGACCAGAGGACCAGAGGAGCCCAAAAAUCAAUACAGGAUAAGGAAGGAUGGGGUUACUAUGAGAUGUUCCAGAUGUAGGGGUACUGGACACAACCUAAGAACAUGUCCCCGCAUAAGAAUAGAAGCAGUUAAUUAUAGAGGACCUCGUAGGAGUGAGGUAAAUUCCUUUGACAGUUUUGGGUUUUAUUUCUUGGUAUUCAAUGAGAUGCUUAAUUAUUAUGUUGACAUUUGUUUUUUUAAUGUGGUAGGUGCAAUCUACUGA